AAUAAUUUAGUAAAGUUCAAACCUUGUAUGAUCUUUAUUCGUUGCUCAAAUAGUAGAACAGUAACUUAACGACUACGACUCAUCUGCUAAAGGCGAGCCUCAACGACCUUUCCUUGAACAAAGUUGAGAAAUUGGGAGUGUGUGUGUCGUGGGUGUGCAUCAUCACCCACCGUCACGCGAGUCGGUUAGUACUCGCUUUAGUGAUUCCAGAAUUUGGAGAGAGUGAAGAAGCGGUUAGCGAAAUGGCGGAAAUGAGAGGCAGGGGCACGUGGACGGAGGAGCUCGCUAGUCUCAUAGAGGAUUCGGGCGUACGUUACGGCGGAGAUCCGAACGCCUCCUCCGCCACGUCGUUUGAGGUGAGGAGGUCCGUGUACGCGCCUCAGAGCGAGUGGGUGGAGUCCGGGGAGAGCUUGAAGGAGCAGGCCUUGGGGUUCGUGAUGGCGUGGUGCGAGAUACUUUUGGAGCUCGGGAGAGGGUUUAGGGACAUUCUGCGGCAGAACCUGAUGAACAAAGAUUCCUAUGUCGUGAGGAAGUUCGGUGGUCCUUGUUCCAAGGUUUCGAAGCGGUUGAGGUUUCUCAACGAUUUUCUCCCCGAGGAUCGCGAUCCCGUUCACGCUUGGUCCAUUGUGUUCUUCGUUUUCUUUCUCGCGCUGGCCGCUAUAAGAGUAGAUCCCAGUCGCGAGGCAGUAGCUCCUAUGAUGAAGGUGCGGAAACAUCCUCCUAGUGCUAGUCGUGUGCAACUUCCUGAUGGUAGAUUCAUGGCUUAUCAUGAGCAAGGUGUUUCCUCUGAAACAGCUAGAUUUUCAAUUGUUGCUCCGCAUUCUUUUCUUUCGUCCAGACUAGCAGGUUUACCUGGAGUCAAAUCAUCGUUGCUUGAAGAGUAUGGCAUUCGCUUCAUCACAUAUGAUCUUCCUGGUUUUGGGGAGAGUGAUCCUCAUCCCAACAGAAAUCUCAACUCAUCAGCCAUUGAUGUUCUGCGUCUGGUCAAUGCUGUCAAUGUUAGUGAUAAGUUCUGGUUACUGUGCCACUCCACUGGAUGCAUUCAUGCUUGGGCUUUCCUCAGAUAUGUUCCUGAAAGAAUUGCAGGUGCAGCAAUGUUGGCUCCUAUGCUUAAUCCAUAUGACCCACACAUGACUAAAGAGGAAACAAAAAGAACUUGGGAGAAGUGGCUGCCAAGGAGGAAAAUGAUGUAUUCUUUGGCUCGUAGAUUUCCAAAACUUCUCCCUUUUUUCUAUAGAAAAAGCUUCUUGCCUGAAGAGCAUGGCGAGAUUGAUAAGUUGCUAUCUUUCUCAACGGGAAAGAAGGAUAAACUUGUGAUUGAAGAACCAGAAUUUGAGGAAUUUUGGCAAAGAGAUGUGGAGGAGUCGGUUCGUCAGGGAAACAUACGCCCAUUUAUAGAAGAAGUUGUUCUGCAGGUAUCAAAUUGGGGUUUUGACCUUAAAGAACUUCAUGUGCAAAAAAAGUGUCAAGCAAAAGGCUUACUUCUUUGGUUGAAAUCCAUGUACAGUCAGGUGGACUGUGAAUUGGCAGGAUUUCUUGGCCUUACACACAUAUGGCAGGGACUGGAUGAUAGGGUGGUCCCACCAUCAAUGACGGAGUACAUAGAACGGGUUUUGCCAGAAGCUGUCAUCCAUAAACUUCCAAACGAAGCUCACUUCUCCUAUUUCUAUUUCUGUGAUCAGUGUCACAGGCAGAUCUUCUCCACUCUCUUUGGAACUCCUCAGGGUCCAGUUCAACGACAACAGGAAACUGCAUUCGAGGAAGCUAAGGAAGAAGCUGUUUUACCUUAACUUUUUCUAGUGUUACAUUACACUUAACAGCUGAUAUGCACGUCUUAGGUUGUAUGUAAAUACCAGAGGCAGCUCCACUUCUCUAUGGAGCUAGAAAGAAGAUGUUCGUUAUAAAUGCUCGGAAUUUUGAACCAUGAGAGCUUUUGGUGACAUAGGUACACCAAGAAUGUCACACAAUGUUUCUCCUUCCUUUAAGCAAAUUGAAUUGUAGAAUUUAUCUAAUGGGUUCUGGACGGUUCAACGUGUAAUCAUUUUUAAAAACUUACAUAUUUUCAAAGAA